GAAACGUCAACUUUCCAGAUUGUUAUGCAAAAAUAGUGGAAAUCUCUUCGUACAAGUAAAAUUUCUAAAGAAUUGCAAAAUGAACAAAUUAGUUGGUGCGGCAAUUCAAAAUUUGUGUCGAAAUGGCAGAGCAUUACAAAUAGGCUACAAAUCAGCCAUUCCAUAUUCAUCGACAGCAGCAGCUGAAGUAAAGUCCAAAGAAGUUGAAGAAGUACGUUCCCAAUUAACAGGCUUCGGGAAAUAUGUAUUAGAAUGUUUACCAAAAUAUGUGCAACGAGUACAAUUAACAAGUGGCAAUGAAUUGGAAGUAUUGGUAGUACCAGAAGGUAUUACACAAGUUCUUCAGUUUUUGAAAGACCACCAGAACUCACAGUUCACAAAUUUAGUUGAUAUUGCUGGUAUGGAUGUACCUUGUCGUCAAUAUCGUUUUGAAAUCAUUUAUAAUAUUCUAUCAUUGCGUUAUAACUCAAGAAUUCGUGUAAAAACAUAUACUGAUGAAUUAACUCCAGUUGAUUCGGCUUGUGACGUACAUAAAGCAGCAAAUUGGUAUGAAAGAGAAGUCUGGGAUAUGUACGGUGUAUUUUUUGCUAACCAUCCUGAUCUAAGAAGAAUUUUAACAGAUUACGGAUUUGAAGGACACCCACAAAGACGUGAUUUUCCACUAUCCGGCUAUGUUGAGCUUAGAUACGAUGACGAAAAGAAACGAGUCGUAUGUGAACCUUUAGAAUUAGCUCAAGAAUUUAGAAAGUUCGAUUUGAAUGCACCAUGGGAACAGUUUCCUAAUUUCCGAGGCACUGAAGUUGCUGAAAUUUCAAAAAAGGAUAAAUAAAAUACAAAAUUUGUGUAGUAAAAUCAUAAAGGAGUCGAAAAUAAAUUGUUAAAUUUAUUAUGAAAAUUA